UAAAAAUAUUUUCCUCAUCCCCUCCGCAGAAAUCGCUCUCCCCAACCAACAGAAGUCGUCCUCAUCACUCCACCACCACCGAUCAAUCAUCAUCAGAUCAGAAUCAUAAACCCUAAUAACCGAAACCGAAACAACAACGAAGUAAGAUGGCGGAUACUCUCGCUGCUUUGCGAUCGUUAAUGGCUUCACACACUCCACCUCUCGAUGCUCUAGUUGUUCCAUCCGAAGAUUACCAUCAGAGUGAGUAUGUAUCGGCUAGAGACAAGAGGCGUGCUUUUGUUUCUGGAUUUACUGGCAGUGCUGGUUUGGCGCUUGUAACAAAGAAUGAAGCACUGCUUUGGACGGACGGACGUUACUUUUUGCAGGCAGAACAACAAUUAAGUGAUGAGUGGAAGCUUAUGCGAAUGGGAGAAGAUCCGUCUGUAGAGUUAUGGAUAUCCACUACUUUACCUGAAGCUUCCGCUAUCGGGAUUGAUUUCUGGUGCAUAUCAGCAGAAACCGCACAGAAAUGGAAGUCAUUGUUCGCAAAAAAGCAACAAAAUUUAGUCCCCACAACCAGAAACUUGGUUGAUGAAGUUUGGAAGGAUCAACCGCAAGCUGAAAUCAAUCCAGUUCAUGUUCAUCCUCUAAAAUUUUCCGGUCGUUCAGUUUCAGACAAGCUAAAAGAUUUACGUGAUAAUCUCAAAAAGGAAAAAGCUCGUGGAAUAAUAGUUACAUCUCUUGAUGAGGUUGUUUGGUUGUAUAAUGUACGUGGGAGUGAUGUCUCGUAUUCUCCUGUCGUGCAUGCAUUUGCUGUUGUAACAACAAAAUUAGCUUUCUUUUAUGUGGAUGAAAGAAAGUUGUCUUCCGAGGUUAAAUCUUAUAUGGAGGAAAAUAAAAUUAUAGUUAAAGAUUACAAUGCGGUGAGCUCAGAUGUGGCUUUGCUUGCGUCUAAUCAGCUGACAUCAGCAAAGGAUUUACAAUCAAACGAUGCAAGUGAAACAGAAGUUAGUAGCCAAAAGAUUUGGGUUGAUCCUCGUUGCUGCUAUUCUUUGUAUUCGUUAUUAAGACCUGACCAGAUUCUCCUGCAACCGUCACCUUUGGCUCUUCCAAAAUCUCUUAAGAAUCCGGUUGAGAUGGAGGGACUAAAAAAUGCACAUAUUCGGGAUGGUGCGGCUGUUGUACAAUACUUUGCAUGGCUGGAUAAGCAGAUGAAGGAAAUCUAUGGUGCCUCGGGCUACUUCAAGGAGUCAGAAAGCCAAAAUUCUAAAAAUCAUUCGGGGGAUGCAAAACUGACAGAAGUGUCUGUAAGUGAUAAGCUAGAGGAGUUCCGUGCCUCGAAAGAGCAUUUUAGAGGGUUGAGCUUUCCGACAAUCUCUUCAGUUGGUCCAAACGGGGCUAUUAUUCAUUAUGGACCUCAAGCCAAAACAUGCGCCGAACUUGAUCCAAAUAGCAUGUAUCUUUGCGAUUCCGGUGCUCAGUAUCUGGAUGGGACAACGGAUAUAACUCGGACUGUUCAUUUUGGAAAGCCUUCUGAGCAUGAAAAAAGAUGUUAUACAGCAGUUCUCAAGGGUCACAUUGCUUUGGGUAAUGCUCGUUUUCCCAACGGAACCACAGGUCAUGCUCUAGAUGUUCUUGCUCGAGUUCCAUUAUGGUCAUAUGGUCUAGAUUACAGACACGGAACAGGUCACGGGAUAGGCUCUUACUUAAAUGUCCAUGAAGGCCCACAUUCAAUUACUUUUAGGCCCGGAUUGAGUGUGCCACUUCAAGCUUCAAUGACUGUAACAGAUGAACCUGGUUACUAUGAAGAUGGCAAAUUCGGUAUACGAUUGGAAAAUGUUCUUAUAAUCAAGGAGGCUGCAACACAGUUUAACUAUGCUAAUAAAGGUUACUUGGAAUUCGAGCACAUAACAUGGGCACCGUAUCAGACGAAGUUGAUUGAUGCGAGCCUUCUUCUGCCUGAAGAAAUAAAAUGGGUGAACAGCUAUCAUAUGAAAUGUAGAGAUAUCCUGGCACCAUACCUCAACGAAUCCGACAAGGCCUGGCUGAACCAAGCGACCGAGCCCAUUGCUGCCUAAUAAGACAUAACACCUGUUCUUAUGUUGAUAGAAUUUGAGUAAUUAAAACUUGAUCGUGUUCACCUCGUCGCCGCAGCUUAGCGUUAGAACACAACACCACUGAUUGAAUCAGAUGAAAGGAUUUAGUGUUUUUUAAAUCGGAAAACAAUUACGGUGUUGAUUCAUGCUUGUUUGGAGGAUUAAAUGGUUUGUUUGUUUGUUUGGAUUUUAUCUUUUUUAAAUUCAUUUUGGACGUGAUUCGAUAAAACACAAUAAAGUGGAUGAAAUUUCUUUUGUUGCGUUU